UUUUUAACCCUCAAAGAAUAAGAAACAAGUUGAUUGAAAAUACGGAGUGUUUUUGGUCAUAAGUGCUUUUUAUUUAAUUUAAAAAAAGUUGCGAUUAUUAUUUGUGUCUUAGACACACAAAUAAAUCGCCAAAAUGGUACGGCACAACAAUCAGCUGCCAGAUAAUCUGCCACAGUUGCAGAAUCUCAUAAAACGUGACCCAGAGUCUUACAAGGAGGAGUUCUCUCAACAAUAUCGUCAUUUCUUGAGUAGCUUAGAAGUUUUCGAGCUAAAUCCCAGCAAUGAGAAUAAAAGUCUCGAUGAACUGGUCAUGUUCAUUGGACAGGUCGCUCAAUGUUAUCCCGAUGUGUGCCUCCAAUUUCCUCAACAUUUGGUUGAUUUGUUGAAAAAUCAUGCCACAACUCUGGAUCCAACUAUGCGCAAUUGUUUUGUGAAGGCUUUGAUUCUGCUGCGAAACAAAAAUCUUAUCCCAGCUUUGGACUUGCUUGAGCUCUUCUUUCAACUGCUUCGGUGCCCGGAUAAGAAUUUGAGAACAUUUCUUCAGAAUCACAUCAUCACCGACAUAAAGAACAUGAACGCCAAACACAAGGACAUGAAAUUGAAUUCGACUCUACAAAACUUCAUGUAUUCCAUGCUGAAAGACACAAACCCUAGAGCCGCGAAGAUGUCUGUAGACAUCAUGAUUGAAUUGUAUAAGAAAAACAUUUGGAACGACCCCAAAACAGUUAACGUUAUUGCAACAGUUGGGUGUUUUUCUAAGAUCACUAAGGUCCAAGUUGCCUCAUUGAAAUUCUUCCUCGGUCAUGACGAAGAAGGCAAAGACUCUGAUGAAUCAGACAGCGAGAAUGAUGUGGAUCUAAAAAGUGCCCUGAUGGUUAAUCGUGUCAACAAAAAGACCAAAAAACGUAAGAAGCAAUUGGAGCAGGUCAAGAAACAGGUGGUAAAAGCCUCGAAGAAGAAGAAGAACGCCGAGCCAUUUAACUUUUCUGGGAUUCAUUAUCUCCACAAUCCCCAAGGAUUUGCCGAAGGUCUUUUCAAACAACUUCAAUCGGGAAAUGAACGUUUCGAAGUUAAACUGAUGCAUCUUGAUGUUAUAUCGCGUCUCAUUGGAAUCCAUGAUUUGUUCCUUUUCAAUUUCUAUCCCUAUAUUACGAGAUUCUUGCAACCACAUCAGAGGCAAGUGACGAGAAUUCUUCAGUUUGCAGCUCAGGCUUCACAUGAAUUGGUGCCGGGUGAUGUUUUGGAGCCAGUUCUCAAGACAAUCGCGAACAAUUUCAUAACCGAGAGGAAUUCCAGUGAUGUGAUGGCUAUUGGGCUGAACGCAACUCGUGAGAUAUGUGCUAGAUGCCCUCUGGCGAUGGGAGAGGAGCUGCUCAGAGAUCUGGCGAUGUACAAGGCCUACAAGGAGAAAUCAGUGAUGAUGGCAGCCAAAUCACUCAUCAUGUUGUACAGAGAGCAGUUGCCAGCGUUGUUGCAUAAGAAGGAUCGUGGUCGACAGACUGAGGCUCAAGCUGAGCGAAAGAUCAAAGAGUACGGAGAGGUGCAAGCACAUGAGAGCAUUCCUGGAGCAGAGGUUCUGUUGAAGAAGUCCAAGACAAUCGAUUUGGGCGACGAUGAUGACGAGGAAUCCGAUUCAAAUGAUGGUCAGUGGGUGGAUGUGUCCGAUAGCGAGGGAGGACCUAUGUCGGAUAACGACAAUGACGAAGAUGUCGAUGAAAGUGACGAAGAUGAGGAUGAUGAUGAAGACGAAGAAGAGGAUGAUUCCGAAGAAGAUGAAGAGGAGUCUGAGGAUGAAAGUGACAAUGAUGCAGAAGAAGAAGACGAAGAGGAGGAAGAAAACAUAGCCACUUCAAAGAAAUCCAAAACAACCACAAGUCAGCCCAAGAAAAAGGAACCUAAAGAAAAGAAACAAAAACUCCCCAAGGAAGUCAAGCUCCUGAAUGAAAAAGAAGCCGCCCAAGAACUUGCUCUGACCCGAAUCUUCACCGACGAAGACUUUAAACGUAUUGACAUGGCUAACAUUAAAAAGGCCGUCACAAAUAGCCGCAAACGACCACUAGAAAAGGACAGAGCCGAGUUUGUUAAACUUGAUAACAUUGAAAUGAUUUACAAGAAGCGAAAGCACGACAAGGACUCCCGUAUGGAGACAGUCCAAGAGGGACGCAAAGAUCGUGAGAAGUUUGGCUACAAAGACAAUCGCAAGAAUGAAAAUUGUUCAACGACAAAUCGAGAGAAACGCAAGGGCAAGAACUUCAUCAUGAUGAGGCACAAGGCUCGUGGUAAGGUCAAGAAGAGUUUCAAGGACAAACAAAAGGCGCUCAGGAAUCAUCUGCUUAAGCAAAAGAAAAUGAAGUAGAUUGUGGCAGACUUUUUGUAUGUUUAGGAGUAAAUUAGUUUUAAAAAAUAAAAAUUACUAUUUUAUUUUUAAA